AUCAUCACCGCCACGGGCACAAAUCACGCUCUGGGAUCUGAUUUGUUUUGCUUUCUCUGGUCCCCCCACAGCUCAUAAAUCCUUUCUGUUGACUCCGGACAAACAUGACGGAACCCGCACUCGCACAUUUGGGAUAAUCUUUAAUAAUGGUUCGCUUCAAAUGUACAUUUCCACGGAGCUGCAGCUGAGGUUUCAUUCAAAGUCCGGCUGGAUUCUCGCAGCGUGAUGGAUACAAAUGUGUUCGCACUAGUGAAACUUUUUGUUGUUGGGGUAUUGGUCAAUGCCUGGAUGAUGAGAGGGUUGUCAGCCACUGACAGUUUCAACAUAGAACCCACUCCCCCCCGGCCGAGGAGUCCCUGCAAUGAAUCCCGUCUACAGUGGGAGGUGGAGGUCUGCGGAGAGGAAUUCAAACGGGACAUGGGUCACAUAGAUCCACAGUACUGGUGUAACCUCACACACUUCAUCAGUGAGUAUCACCUCUUCACACUCUGCACAGAGGCAAAGUCCCACAUCGUCCACUGCUACUGGCCCAAUCCGCUGGUGGAGAGCUACAUCAUCCGCAUACAUAAGCACUUUUUCUCCAACUGUACCACUGAGCAGGUGGUAUGGGUGGACCCUCCGGAUGACACGCUAACCAUCCUUAUCCUCAUCCCGGUUUUCCUCACAUUGGCCAUGAUCGCCCUGGUGGUCUGGUGCAGCAAGAGGAGUGAUAUCCUGGCUUAGGAGGAGAGAAAGAUGGAAGAGGAUGAAGGACAGAGUUCAAGGUCCCAAACUCCACUAAAACAAUACUGUACAAAGGGGUUUUGGGAGAUUGCUUCAUUUGGUCAAAUUACCACAAAUGUGGUGCUGCAAACAACCUAAACCUAACAUGGAAAUGAGGGAAUUAGUGUAUUUUCUUUAGUAUUUUAAUAUAUUAUGUGCAAUGUUUCACAUUUCUGACAUUGCCGUACAAUCACUAACGUUCAGCUGUUAAUCAGGCUGUUUUAGCACAGAAUUUGACUGUGUAUUACAGUGGUAUUUAGGGGGAUGUACUUAUUUGCUUUCUUGCACAGCAAAUAUGUAGCUGGAGCCAGCAGCCAGUUAGCUUAGCUUAGCAUAGUGACUGGAAACAGAGGGAAACAGCUAGCCUGGCCCUCGCCAAAAUUUAAAAGUCCACCUACCAGCACCUCACACGUAAUAUCACAUUUAUUUAAUGUGUAUAAAAACCAAAGUGUGAAAACAUGUUCUGGAUCAGUAGUCUUGUGAAGUACUUCCUGGAGUCACUGUGAGAUUACCUUGAAACUUGAAGAGACUCUAGGAAGUAGCACCUGACCAAGGUGUCGCUUUUACACUUUGCUUUUUGUGUGGAUUAAACAUGCAAGAUAAAAUAAGUUAAAAGUUGCUAUUAGUAUUAGUUGCUGGUAUGCUUGUUUCCAAUGUUGAAGUUGAGCUAAGCUUCUCCUUUAACUUUCAACAAGAAAGCAAAUAAGUGUGUUACCCUAAUUGUUGACUAUUCCUUCAAGACACAGAAGAUCUUGGUCGUUUGAUACGUCAAUACUUAUGGGGUAAUUUGACCAGAGGGGCAAUCAAGCAAAUCUUGGCGCAUACUUUAAAGCUCAUGGAUCUGGACCAUUGACCUCGGACAUUCUUGUCAGAGCACUGUAUCGUUACUGAAGGCCAAAGCAUCCACCAAGCAUCAGAGGCAGUGACUGAAUCCCGAGCUGCUGGGACUGAGACUCCCAGAGGACUCCAUAUGUUAAAUAUUUUAACAUGAUACUGUGUGAUGGCGUGGAUACAAAGAGAUGCCAAAUGUGGACUUAUUAUUGAUUCUGCGAGUUUUAUCUUACUGUUGAGUUACUCAGUGAACUGUCACCACUGGAAAGGAAACACUGGUGUGCAACCCAAAGACAAGGCAACACUAUGAGUCAUAUAUUUUGGGACUUGAAUUUCUUGUGUGACAACCUGAGCCUCAAGGGACUGUUGUGUAACAGCGUAACUUAUCAGAUACUGUUGAAUAAAAUACUGUUUAUGCUCACAAAGAGGGGUUCUCAAUGGAAACAAAACACUCUGAGGAGACACUGAGAACUCUUCUUGUACAGUUAUGCUCUCUGUCUGUGCUGUCUACUGUAUCUGCAUUGCCUUUCCAGUGCUACAAAACACACUGAUGCUUUGAAAUUGAUUCCUUUGGGGAAAAGUUUGAUUUGUUCAUCGGUUCAUUGAACCACAGUCAUGACCAACCACGAGGCAAACUAAACCAAGCACUGCUUUUUUAUUUUCGUCCAAAGCAUAUGGCAUAAAUCCGCAUUUGUCUGCUCUCACCUGCACUCUUUUGUCUAUGGAAACUGAAGCUCCUCAGCAAAAGUACCUGAUUAAAUCUCUCUUAAAGUAACCGGUUGCUCUCCUUCACUAUGUGAACAAAGCGAACACGCAGAAAACAAACACAUUCUAACUCAAUUUAUUUAUCUUAUCUUAUCUUAGCUCAUGCACUGUGUAUCUGUGA